UUCGCAAUACUUCCGGCAGAUAGUCUAGAAGAGUUUGUUUAUCAAGACCUGUAAAAAUCUGCCUUCAUCUGUCUUCCCGAACAAGGGACGGGUUCAUUUGUAAUAUUAGGAGAGCUUUAAUCGUUUGUAUGACCAGUCUCGAUAUCGGUCAAUUAGGGUCUGGACCAGAUCCUUUCAGUGAUCAAACAGAAGAUGUUGGUUGUGGGGGUCAAGAUAAUCAUAUUCACAUAAGAAUACAGCAGCGUAACGGACGUAAAACACUCACAACUGUACAGGGAAUUAACCCGGAUUACGAUUUCAAGAAAAUUGUGAAAGCAUGCAAAAAGGAGUUUGCUUGCAAUGGUACAGUGGUAGAGCACCCAGAAUACGGUGAAGUUAUACAGCUACAGGGCGAUCAGAGAAAUCACAUCAGAGAUUUCCUCAAGAAAAUUGGCAUUGCUAAGGAAGGAACUAUCAAGGUCCAUGGUUUCUAGUCGGACCCAAGCAUCCAUUGGAUAUUAUAAUUGAAGAUUUUUAUAACUCGUCAUCACUUAACAAUGAAGUCAACAAUCCAGGAAAACUGUAGUUUAUAGUUGAUCAUUAGUUCCAUUGUUGUAAUGCACAUUGUAUAUAAAUCACUCAGUCACAGAAAGCAUGAAAGUUUGUAAAAAGACUCGAUUAUCUCACAGAAAGGAAUUCCGUCGGAGAAGAAAUUGUUAAAUGUUACUCUUUGGUCAGUCAGUAUAUCUCUGCGAAAAAUUUAUGCAUUGCUGUAACUGUAGAUUGUUGUAAACCUUGGCUCUUAAAUUUGAAGCAAUGUAAUUGAAGAAUGUAUGUUAUCUGAAGUAGGUGGUAUCCUUAGUACAUGAUUUGUAAAAAUGUUUUUUUUUUAACUUAAUAUUUGCUAUUUAACUUAUUUGCUAUCUCUGCACGUAAAUGAUUAUUUAAAAUUCUCACAAGUGACAGUCCUGAGACUGUUACACCAUUUGACUUAAUUUCAAGCAACUGCAAAUAGGUUAUCAUGUCAUUUUAUUGUUUUGUGUGGGAGUAUGGAUUCAAAAAUUUAUUUGAAAACUUUUCGUAUAUAAUCAAAUAGUAAUUCUGAAGUAGUGCAUCAGUGUUGUUGAACAGUUCUAUGCUAGAUUAUGUAAUAAAGUUUCUUUUAUA